GCUAAAGUCAAGAAUAUGUUUCCAUAAUUUUUCCGAUUUUCUUCCCUAUAAAUAUUUUUGUUCAUAAAAACUUCAGAAAUAUCAAUCUAAUAUUGAGUUUUGAUUUAAUUCACAAUAAUUCAGUAAAUUUAUCAAAAACUCAUUCACUUAUAAUACCUCCUAUCAUGAUCUGUGCAUCUCUAUGGUUCUGUGCUCUAUACUAUACUGGGUUCUCUUGCGUGCGUGUGUGUGUGCAAAGCUGCGAACACCUCAUGUGCACUUUUUGUAUAACUAAACUUUCCGGCUAAAUUUAUUGAUAAAUAUAUUUAUUGAUUUAAUUAUCUUAUAUGUUUAAAAUAUUAUAAAUCUGUGUAAAUUCUAAAUUACGGAUUAACUUUUACGUGCAUUUUGAACCUGUGUUUUGAAUAAUCAAAUCUUAUAUAAUGGCGUUGUGUUUGAAAACUAUGAGGUUUUUGAACAAACCUUUCUUGAUGUCAAUGGAAAAAUCAUUCAAUCCUUCUUCAAUUGAUGUGCGCUGCCUCUUCUCUCAAGCUGCUCUUGGAGUAGAUGCUUUCCUUCGUGCAAAGGAAAAGACGAAGUCGUUGUUCAUUCAAAUCGACAAGAAGUUCAAACAGAAAAUGGUUGACUUCACAAGUGAAGACUCCAAAAAUAUGGUGUUCACUGAAGAUCUUAAAAAUAUGAUAUUUCUUGCUGAAAAUGACGACUUCGAUAUUGAGUUGGUAGAGAAGAUGACUUUGAAAUUCAAUAAUCAAAACAAAGAGCUCAGGUUUGGCACGUUCGUCUUUGGUCCGGUGGUCAUGAGAAUGUAUCAUAGUCUGAAUAGACCAUUUGAAGCCCUGAAAGUUUUCAAGAAUCCUGAACUGGAUGGAUUUUUUGAUCAAAUCAUGACUUACCAAGUACUCAUGGACUUGUUAUAUUGCAAUAAAAUGUACGAUGAAGUAAAAGAAGUUUUCGAGAUCAUCAAAUCAAAACAAGUUAUGGGUAUUAAGUUUCAUAGGAAUACAGUUGUGCUGGUGUCUGCAGCUUGCUUUCAAAAGAAUACUCCUGAGGAUUGGACGUAUCUGAAGAACUUAUGGCUAGAGAUGAAUGAGGCGUCUCACACUCCAAUGAGAAAGACUAUCACCUACUCUGCUGCCUUGGCGAUUCAACAAGAUGACCCUCACUCAGCUGUUGAACUGUUGGCUAAAGUUCCUAAUCAAAACUAUGUUACCAUCCGGAACUUGAAGAUAUUGGCUCUUGAUAAACUGAAUAGGCCUGAAGAUGCAAUCCUUAUAUUGAAAGGUUCUCUUGAAAAAGAUCUUCCCGAACAUGUUAAUAAAGCUUCUUUCUGUGAUGAAGUGAUUGAGGAUAUGAAAUCAACGAUUGAAAAGAGUGGAAACAGAGAAAUGCUGAAUGAGUUCACCAAAUUGGAACAGCAGUUGAUUGCUCAACAACGCAUUACUUCACAGCCAUUGAGUAAACUUAUUGACUCCGAAAUCGAUUACAGCCUUGCUACUAAGAAUCAGCAACUUAGGAAUAAUGUUCAAAGGUCCGAUAGGUUAGCUUCAAGCUUCCGAUACGACAGACCACAAAGAAAUCAAUAUUCCAGACGUGAAGGAUUAUCUGACGCAUAGAAUAGAUAACUAGUAAACAAGUAUGUUAUGUGCAGUUGUGAAUGCAUUUACUCCUUAGAAUGUGCUAGACCUUUUGUUACAAUUUAUUCUUUUCAAGUUGUGUAAAUAAUAGUGUGUUUUCUGAUGAUAGUAUUCGUGUUGUUAUGUUUAUAGUAUUACAACAGUUUACACGAAAAUUGUGGAUUUAUUUAUCAUUUGAUUAUAUUUGUCUCAGAAUGUUUGGUUAGUUA